AUGCGUUUCAACAUUGGAAGUAUUGUACUCGGCUUAGCUGCCCUUAGCAGCUUGCCUGAAAGCUUGGGCAGAGCAAUUCCCAAUUCUUCACCUGGGGCAGUUGAUUUGUACAAGUACGACAGUCACUACCAUGCUCGAGCGGCUCCGAUCCGCGUCGGGAGCGGCGGUAAAGGUGGUAGUGGUAAAGGUCCUGGCGGCGUGGAAGACAACACUCCCCAUGGGGAUAAAGACGGCAACGGCAACCCUGUCCAUAUCGGAACGGGAGACAAGAUUCCUAGCGGGGAUGGCAGCGGUCAUCCUGUCCGUAUCGGAACGGGUGACAACAAAGACGUGGACCUUUGGUGUAGAGGUCUCGGCUGCGGUGCCUCGGAAGACUCCACGCCGUCCGCCACGCUCACAGAGAAGGAGAAGACGGACCUGGGUGUGCGCGGUGAUAAGGGAGUUAAGCUGGUGGCUAGUCCAGAGAAGGGCAAUGUAGAUUAUACCCAGCGCCAGAAGGACAACUACAACACUGAGGAAGAGCCAGAGUUCGAGGGCGUGGACGACUCGGUUCCGAAAAUGGGCCUUGACAAGAAGUACGGUUUCGAUAGCGUAAACGGCUGGAAGACGUAUAGCGUCAACUCCAAGGACAACCUUCUUGAGCCCCUAAUCAAAAUGAGCUUUGGCAGGGCUAAGAAGGACGAUAAGGAGUAUCUCGCUUUCGUUGCCCAUAAUCGAUUCGCGGAGCAUGAUGGCAACAGGUACAAGUUAGAUGACAACGGCAACAACGUGUUGGACGACAACAAACGUCCGGUGGAAAAUCCGGAUAAGGACUCCAAGGCUGUCCCCGUUUCUCAGCUAACCUAUGAGACUGCCCAGCUAUCCGGAAUGCUCAAGCCUGCUGAAAAAGUCUUUUUGAUCUCGGAAAAUGUCAUUAACAACCAGGCUCAGAAGGCCAUCACUGCGGCGCACAAGGCUUUGGGGAAAACCGGCCAGCCGUGCCUUUUGAAGAAGGAUGCCCCUGGUCCCGAGGGAGAACAUUUUAAGAUCAUCGCUGGUACAGAUAACAACUAUUCAUAUUUAAACACCGUUGGCCGCAACCCGGACUUUUUCAAGAAUUACGACGUCGUCAGCAUUGAGACCUACGAGAACCCCCCUAUGAUGAAUAUGGAACUCUCCAAGAAAGCGCAGAAUAAGCGGAAUAGUGUUUAG